UUGGGUUACUUUAUAAUAGUUAAAGAGUAUCUCGACAAGGAGAGGAGGAGGCCAUGGAACCACUCCCUGGCUUAUUCGCUACUCCGAUGAGCCAUGAAUUGUUGGUGGCAGCGAGGACGGGCGACAUGAGCGUACUCGGAGGGAACGACUCCCUCCUUCAAGUCACGGCCGAAAGGAACACCGUGCUUCACAUUGCAGCCAAGCUAGGACACACUGACUUCGCCACCAGAGCCCUCAGCCGGCAGCCCUUCCUCCUCACGAUCCAAAACCGACAAGGAGACACUCCGUUGCACUGCGCUGCCAGAGCCGGCCACACGACCAUGGUGGAUGUCUUCAUCCCUCACCCUCCCGGUCGGGGCGAUCCUGAACGUCGGCUGCCCUACAUGGUAAACAACGUUGGUAACACAGCCUUGCACGAGGCGGCACGGAACGGCCACGAUUCCUUCGUCGAGCAACUGAUGGCGAGGGCUCCGGGCGAAUCGGCGGCGACCAACAACGUCAACGGCGUGUCGCCCCUCUAUAUGGCGGUGGAAAGCGGGUCAGCGUCGAUCGUGCGGCGUUUGCUGGCGGCGACGGAGGCGUCAUGCGACGGACCUAAUGGGCGGACAGCUUUGCACUCAGCCGUGCUCAGGAGCUCCCCUGUGGAAAUCACAAGGAUGUUGCUGCAGCAGAGGGCCAGUUUAACCCGAAAGGCCGAUGCCGCCGGACUCGUACCUCUCCACUUUGCAGCCGCCCGCGGAGACCUCGAAAUGGUGAGACUUCUGCUACAAAAUGAUGAAUCUACUGCGUAUUUGCGAGACAAUGGUGGCGCCUCUGCAAUCCAUGUCGCUGCAAGCUUCGGGCAUGUGAACGUGAUCAAACAUCUCAUCGAAACAUGCCACGGUUGUACGGAGGUGAGGGACGGGGAGGGCGGCAACUUCUUCCACGUAGCCAUCAGCAAACGAAGAGAACAAGUGGUCCGAUUUGUGGCAACAUCACCUAGUCUCACUGAUCUCUUGAACGAGCCGGAUUCGGAUGGGAACACUCCCCUGCAUCGAGCUAUAAUAUCUCGAGACAUGCCCAUCAUACAAAUGUUGUCGUCCAGUCCAAGCGUCAAGCUUAGUGCAACCAACAACCGCGGCCAAACCGCUCUUGAUGUCGCUCUAUCCAACACAAGGAACCGCCUGGAAAUCAAAAUGUUCAAGGUAGUGAUUGAUUUGACGAAUAAGGGUGCGCAAUUCAGUGACCCGCAGCUCCUUGAGGAUAUGGUACAUCCGGUAGACCAAAAGGGCACGGUUGAAGAGAAGAAUCAAAAAGAAAUAGCCGACAGUAAGCAUACCGUAGACCAAAAGAGCAAAGUCGAAGAGAAGAACUAUAAAGAGAUCGCCGAUAGUCUACCCGUCGUGGCAGCGCUUAUUACCACCGUCACCUUCACUGCAGCAUUCACCUUAUCAGGGAGUUUUGAGAGGGAUCGCAGCGAUGAUGAGAGCAUCUACAGGUGUAUAAGGGGGAUUGCCUUUGUGGUGUUUCUGAUAUCUGAUGCCCUGGCCAUGAUAUCCUCCAUUUGUGUUCCCUUCCUCGUCAUCUAUGUGCGGGUAGGAACUCCUGUUACCCAGGUCUACAGUCUUACUCUAUCCGAAAUACUAGUGCAGGUCGCGUUCAUAGGGUUCAAGGCAGCAUUCGUCAGUGGUGUGUGUGUGCUGAUUGCGGAUCACUACAUGUGGCUCACCAUCCUCAUCUGCCUAGUGAUUCUGCUCUCUGCUACGGCCCUCAAGAGAAGGAUCCUUCCUUUCUACCCUUACCUAUGUUGGCUGACCAGAGGGAGUGAGUUCCAGAUCAUUUACAUUAGCUUAAUGAUCGCCCGGUAUAAGCUGAUACGAAUUGCCAACUAUGAAUUAGCAAUAGACUUCAUCAAGUUUCCUGGUGUGUGGGGCUUCUCCAUCACAAAAUUCUGAGCAGUACCCGAGGGAGGGAUGAUUGGUGGUCAUGACCUGUAUCCCUCUGCCUCGCCGCAAACUUGAAGAAUAUGUUGCUGUGGUGAUAGGCUCAAAUGGUCUUCUUCCACAAAUGGACGAUCCAAAUUUGACAUCAUCAACAAGUAAUAAUGUUGAUUUGACCAGUAUCCGCAUUGUGCUUAUAUGUAUGACAGAUGCACCUCGUCAAUAAGUAGCAGCUUGUCGCGUGGUUAUGCCAUUGCGACAUUUGAUCCAA